AUGACGAAAACUCUUAUCAUUGAUAAUGGAUCAUACAGUGUCAAAAUAGGCUAUGCUACAGAUGACCUCAACUGGUCGCCGCACAUUAUUUCCAAUUCGAUAGUCAGAACUAAGGAUAAGCGUCUUAUUCUCGGAGACUUGGUCGACCGGAAUCAAAAUAUUAGUGGAUGUUUCUUCAAACGACCAUUCGAGAGAAAUCAGCUAACCUCAUGGGAAACUGAAAAACUAAUUUGGGACUAUUGUUUUAAUUCAGAAGACUUGAAGUUACACGUGAAUGAUUAUGGUAAUGAUCCCAAUGAUAUGAACUUGAUUCUUACGGAGGCACCAUUUACAUUACCGAAGAUUACUAAGAAUACCGAUCAAAUCAUCUUUGAAGAAUACGGGUUCAAGAGUUAUUAUAAGAACAUUACAUCAUCAUUUGUUCCGUUUAAUUGGGAACAGAACGAAAAAUUAUACCAAACCAACCAGUUGAGCGGAGGAGAUGACAAGAAGGUUUAUAAAGAUUACCAAUUAGUGAUAGAUUCGGGAUUUGACUCGACAUAUAUCAUUCCAGUGAUUUACGGUAUGGUAUAUUGGGAGGGGGUAAAAAGGUUGGAUAUUGGUGGGAGGUUCUUAACGGGAUUUCUACGAGAAUUGAUUUCUUUUAGAUACUACGAUGUCACGGAUGAAACCAUCUUGGUGAAUAAUAUUAAGGAACAAACGUGUUUUGUACCGAUAAAUUACAACCAGUCAUUGGAGAAAUUGAAACAGGAAAAGAUAAGGCUAGGGCCAAGGCCAAAACCUGGAUCGAUCAAUGACAACAGUAUGAUUGUGGAAUAUGCUUUACCGGAUUAUAAAACCACGACUAAAGGUUACUUGUUAACUGAUGAAUUGAGGAAAAAUAUUAACGAUGUUGAUGAGCUACAGAUAAUGAGACUUUAUGACGAGAGAUUUAGCAUUCCUGAAACGUUAUUUGAUCCAGCGAUUGCCACCAUCAAGCACCGGAAUGGUUUGAUUAAAACUAUAUAUGACAGUAUUUAUAGUUGUCCUGAACUUGUCAGACCGUUGCUUGUGAGUAAUAUUGUGUGCAUUGGUGGUAAUUUCAAGUUUUCUGGGUUUAAGGAAAGAUUACAACUUGAAUUGAAGAAAGUUCUACCGGUGGAGUGGGACAUUAGAAUUGGGAUCGAUGAAGAUCCUAUUGUUUACGGAUGGAAGAGUGCCAACUGCUUGGCCACUAAUCAUAUGGAGAUGUAUGAGAAGUUGUGUGUCAAUAAGAGUGAUUAUUAUGAGAAAGGCUGGGGUUAUGUGAAUGAGAAGCUUGGGUGUAAACUAAAAGGAUGGUAG